UGCACAGCAGGACCCCUGUCUGAGGGCUCAACCGCGCCUAACCUCAGCUUGAGCGUUUUACAACAAAAGACAACAGCUUGGAAAGUGUUUUUCAGUGGACUUACAUGGGAAUUUAACACUGGACUGGAAGAGAACAAAGGGGAGGGACGGUCUGAGCUGAUGGACUCGGAGAUGAGAUAGCGCUCAUAGCCGAACCCAUCUCCCCAUCCUUCCCCGUGGUCGGACGGACGGUUCUUUUUUCUUUCCGGAUGAUGUAACUGUUUUAUGACAGACCGAGCCGCUCACGAAGUGCUCAUAUUUUCCUUUAAUUAUCAGAGCACGGUGAUAUCCAACGACAAGCCGCAUCCUCUGGUUUUAAGAGCCCACGUCUAGGUUUCUGUGAGGGGGCUCAGCUCAGCGGGACGUUGCGCAGUGCUCAACUGGCUGUUCCCCGAGGUCGGUGAGCGGUGGUGCAGUCAUGUGGCAGAGGAUUCAGAUUUGCUGCGCACUGUUUGCACUGUAUUCAGCGGCACCGCCUGCACACAUCAACCGCCUGGCGCUGUUCCCUGACAAGAGCGCCUGGUGUGAGGCCAAGAACAUCACACAGAUAGUCGGGCACACGGGAUGUCAGCCUCGCUCUAUUCAAAACAGAGCUUGUCUGGGCCAGUGUUUCAGUUACAGUGUCCCCAACACAUUCCCACAGUCAACUGAGUCUCUGGUGCACUGUGAUUCCUGCAUGCCUGCCCAGACACAGUGGGAAGUGGUGACUCUGGAGUGCCCUGGCAGUGAAGACUCGCCUCGUGUGGAUAAGCUGGUGGAGAGGAUCUUCCAUUGUAGCUGCCAGUCCUGCAGUAAGGAAGGUGCCCAGGAGGGGGCGGUGAUGCAGCUGUAUCCAGCAGACAACGGCCUGGAUGCUCCGUCUUUAUCUGACACCCUCAGCGGGGCUCAGGCUCACCCUCUGCCCCAUUCAGACACACACUCGAAUAAGCAUGCUCACCCACACACAGACCAUCACACACUACCACAUACAUCAGACGGAGGGUAGGUUUGUCAACUGUUUGACUUUUUCUGUCACUUCGCUCAUCUCUUCUGCCUUCUCUUCUCUCCUCCACGCUGCAUCGUUUGUACCAAUCUGUAGUAUUGUAAAGGCACUUUGAAAAUAAGACUUCACUUUGUGUUAAAAAGUUUCUCUAAAGGCACACACACUCACAAAGUCAUGCUAUCAGACUACACACUAUUGUAUAUAAACUCUAUGCACUCUUUUUGUUUGCUGAUUUACACAUGCAUAUGUGUGCAUUUGUGCAUCCAGACAUGACUAUAGCCUGUUAAUAAGCUGUAGUCUCAUUACUUUUAAUCUGCUUUGAAUGCAAUAAAUUCUGUUGUUGUGAUAA